GGGCACGAACUCGUUGAAAGGCCGAAAGGCUGAAAGGCUGAAAGGCAAGGCAAUAGACAGAGAAAGAAUCCAAUAAGCAGUGGGAAGGAGAUGGCAUCGAACAACAACGCGAGCAGAGAAGAGAGAAGAAGAAGAAUUGUAGAGAGAGAAUCGGAUCGUAUGGCUCUCAUCACCGGCCGAAUCCAAUCUCUCCCUCCUCCCUCACCGCCACCAUCGCCUUCAUUACCACCACAUGAUCGCGCUCUGCACACCCGUCGCAUCAAUGCUGGUACUGAGGGUAAAGAUGGCACCCCUGCAGAUUCUACAUUGCUGAAAGUACAUGGAGCUAGCAAUGAAGACAUUUCAAGGCAAAACAAUGCAGAGACUGGAAGCCAAGAUGGACCUUCAUCUUGUCAAUGUGACACAACUACAAAUACUUUGCAACCCCAUGGUGUUGAUGGCACCACCCAAGUUCAACCACAAUUGGGCACAUCAAUAGUUCAAAAGGCACCACCAACCGAUACAGAACUUGCAAUCACACAUCGGAGGGCAAGGUUUUUCACUUCGAAACGAUUAAACUCGUGCAUUGUAGAAUCGGAGAACAUGCGCAUUUUCUGUGCUCUCAUAAUAGCAUUCUUGGUAGUGUUGUCUUAUGUUGAUUAUGCGUUGUUUGGAGUGAACUUGGUGAAGUCGGAGAGCGUUGUGGCCUCAAGGCCUCUGUACAUUAUACUGCUUACUGACGUAACAAUUGUUCUGGCACGAAUGAUCCUUGUGAGACGAGAGGAUGUAGAGGAAGAAAGAGUUGUAGUCCCUCAAGAUGGACAUAAUUGGGUUGAGGCAGUGAAGCUCUUGGAGAGGGGUUUGGUGGUUUACCAAGCCAUUCGUGGGGUUUUCAUAGAUUUUAGUGUUUAUGUUGUAGUUGUUAUAUGUGGGCUUUCUUUGAUGUAGCCUUGGAUAUAUCACUCCAACUGUGUCAAGAAUUGUUUUCAAAUCUACUUUAGUGUUAUACAGAAAAGUGCUUCUUCCUAAA